AUGAGUCUCUCGGAUAAAUCCAAAUCAUUAUUAGAUAUACUUGAUGAUUUGGAUGAUUCAGAUGAUAUGCAAGUUAAUAAUCAGUUCAACGUUCAUCAAAUUGCUCAAUCUCAAGACAGUAGACCUCAUACUCCAAGAGGAAUGAGGUUCCGUGAUGAUUCCAUUAGGGAAGCAAUAUUUCAACAGGGGAAAAACAGCGAUGGGCUAUCACCUCCUAGUGAGAGGUCAACAGAUUGGUCUCAAUCAUUUAACGGAUCUCCAAGAGCUAAAACUCCGCCUACAAAUUCUUUAAAUAAGCCAAAUUGUAUUAAAUCAUCAGCAUCUCUUUCGUCAUUCAAAAAACAGGAUGGAAAAGUUUUGUUUACUGCAGAGCUAUCUCCUGAGCAGAAAAGAAUACAUCAGCUUGAAUUCCAAAUUUCCAAUUAUGAACGCCAACUUCUUGAAGAAAGUCAAAUUCGCGAGUUAUUACUAAAAUCUAUCCAGAAAUUUACACAGGCUUAUAAUGAAAAAUGUCUUAAUAUUAAGUCAUCAACAAUAGCUAACAUCGAUACUAUGAUUUCUCGUUUAAAUCUCCCAAAUCCAAAGUUAUCCACUGCACGUUUAUUAUCACAAGAAAUUGACGGCAUCGUUGCUGAGCCUACUACUGAAAUUAAAUCACCAAAUUCAUUUAUUUAUUCACCAAUUCCAAGCUCAAAGAGUCCCAACAUAGAAAUUCUUGCUAAAGGUUGUAAUGAUCUUGCAGAUUCUCUAGCAAAAGGGUUCUAUGAUCAGAAAAUUAAAGAUUUCGCUGAAUUAUCCAAAUCACCUUCUGAAUUUUCAAGACAAAUUAAUUUAAUUAUUAAAGCGCAUGAAAAUGGUUUGACAGAACUCAGAUCUAAACAAGAAGAAUCUAAAAAGCUAGCAGAAACUAUUGAACAAUAUGAAAAUGAAAGGAGAGUGACAAAAGAAACAAUGAUUUUAGUCGAUAACUUAACAAAGAUGAUGCAAGACUUUUCAAUUCAAUCUAGGGAAGAAUAUGAGGAUCUUAUUGAAAAUAUCCAAUAA